CUUGAAGCUGCCGGGGGAACUUGAAGAGAGCAGGAGGAGGAGGAGGAGGAGGAGAGGAAGGAUUGAUAUAACCAGAGCGGCUUUCGAUGGGCAGCGCAAUUUUCUCUCACUCCAAGAGUUUGAGCUGAGACCGAUAGACGGGGAGCGGGCUUUCCAUUCAUUUCGGCCGCAGGCAACUUUUUCUUGCGCGGAUCCGUUCAACUUUUAUUUACGCUCAUCUACUUCCACCCCCAUUUUCGUCUUUUACGUUUUUUGUUUUUUUUCUUAUUCUCUUACUUCUAUAAUCCACGACAAGCCGUCAUUAACGAGAGACUCCGCGGUAUCUCCGAGUGGGAAAGUUUAGAAUUUAAAAGGACUCCACCAGAUCCUGACAUUUUUUUCCCCUCCUCUUCCUCCUCCAAGACCUGCAGCGCGCUGCGGGAUUCCGAGCCGAAAACUGCGAGUUCUUCAAUGCAACAGUACGUGUAUGAGAAAGCGAUGGCCCAAGAGACGAGGAACGGCGGAAGCUCUACGUUAAACAACAACAACGGCGUGGACAACACCAAGAAGAAGCUGCUCAUAGCGCUCGACAUCUUCUGCCUCCUGCUUGCUAUGCUGCCGAGCCUGGUUCUGCAUCGUUCAUCUGUUCGUCCAUACCAGAGGGGGUUCUACUGCAGUGACUCCAGCCUGAAAUACCCCUACAAGAGGAGCACCGUGCCCUCUUCAGUGCUGGUUUCUGUUGGUCUGACACUGCCCAUGGUGUCCAUCGUGAUCGGAGAAUGCUUCAGGAUUCACCAGCUGCACGUGGGAACCAAGUCGUUUGUUGGGAAUUCUUACGUGGCAGCGCUCUACAAACAGAUAGGCGUGUUUCUGUUCGGCUGUGCCGUCAGCCAGUCGUUCACGGACAUCGCCAAGGUGUCGGUGGGUCGGAUGAGACCCCACUUCCUAGACGUCUGCAAACCGGACUUCUCCACCAUCAACUGUUCCCUCGGAUACAUCACCAACUACACUUGCACCGGGGACGAGAGCGAAGUGCAGGAAGCCAGGAAAUCCUUCUUCUCAGGACAUGCCUCCUUUUCCCUGUUUAGUAUGCUCUACUUGGCUUUCUACAUCCAGUCCAGGUUCACUUGGCGUGGCGCUCGCCUCCUCCGCCCGCUGCUCCAGUUCACCUUGGUGAUGAUGGCCUUCUACACCGGAUUGUCACGCAUCUCCGACCACAAGCACCACCCGACUGAUGUGCUGGCGGGAUUUGUGCAGGGAGCCCUGGUGGCCUACUGCAUAGUCUUCUACGUGUCCGACCUGUUCAAGCCGGGGCUGAAGCUGGCCACGCCGCCGCCCUCCCCGAUCAAGAAGGAGCUGCUGCCUUCGUCCGACAUCAUCGACAGGAACAACCACCACAACAUGGUGUGAGGGAGGCCCCACUUCCUUCGCCCUGACCGAGGAGC